AUGGAAGGCCCAAGUCCAGGCUGCCUUGGAGAGGUCGAGGUGGAAGAGCUGACCUCUGAUUCGAGUCUGAACUCAGAGGUGUCUCCAGCCCUGGCCACGGCUUCGGCCUCCGGCGACGAAGUCGCUGAUGGCACUUUGGAGGACUCGCUAGAGGAGUCCAUGGACGACGGUCUCAAAGAUAGGCCAAGUCCUAGCCCGGCGCAGCCUGUACAAUGGUGUCGCGACGUGGACGCAUCUCCGCUCUGCUCCCUUCUCCGUGCCACCAUGACGGGGGCCUCGCAGGGCCUAGAAGUUGCUGAGGCCAGGGUCAGGCCUUUCCUCGAGGAUGCCAUGUCCUGGGAGCCGACGGAGCUGCUCUCAGGAGCUGUGCAUUUCUCUUACUUCAUGCUCUUCGCCUCCUUCUACACACAGCUUCCGGGUCUCCACGGGCCACAGGGAAUCGACCCCUACCACCUCUCUGAAGGCCUCAAGGACACCUUCUUCCUCCGCCGCGGAAGCGGAGGGCCUUACUGGGCCGCCGAGCUAGCCGCACUGCUGGGGAUGUGCGCAUCUGGAGCUGCGACUGCCCUGCCAGCCAUGAGAAGUGGUUGGCUGGGGCUUGGCCUUACCGGCACGGAGUGGGUACUUUGGAGAGACUUCCUAGUGUCCUCGCAGUCAUCGUUCCCAGUGGGCAUGACGUAUUUGGCAAUGGAAGGCAGCAUGGGUGCAGCAGCCCACGCCUUGAAUGCCCCGAACUUGGCCUCCUGGUUCUGGCGCUGGUGCCUGUUUCGAGGACUUCUGUCAGGAGGGGUGCACAAGCUGCUCUUGUGCGAUGCCAGUUGGAACAACCUGUCCGCGGUGCACUGGCACUUCCAGGGCAAUCCGAAUCCCUCCGCCUUGUCUUGGUAUGCCUUUCAGUUGACAAGCACUUACCCGUUCCUGGGGCAUAUGGCUACUGCUAGCACUCUGGCUAUUGAGCUGGUGGCGCCCUUUCUCUUCUUUUCGCCCAACAAAAGCUUGCGAAUGCUGGGCCUGGCCGGAAGCAGUUUGCUGCAGUUGGGAAUACUUGCAAGUGGCAACUACGGCCCCUUGAACUUUUACUUCUUGGCCCUGGGUCUCUCGUUGCUGCAGUCUCACAGCCGCCAAGAACUGACGAAUGCUCCUCGUCCGGGAGAGGAGGAAGCAGCUCCACGCGAGGUCUGGCCAGCUGCCGCGGCCGCUGCCGGUUCUGCUUUGGCCGUCGGCGUUGCCACCGCUGUGCUGCCCGGGACCCCGACGCGCUGCCCCAGUGCUGGUCAUGCGGCGUACGCCCACGUCAUUGCGCUUCUCUCCUCCGUCGCCGGGCUUCAGGGCCUGAUCUCGCUGACCUCCGGCUUGGAGUUCGCCGUUGGGAUUCUCCUACUCGGCGCAAGCCAGUCUGUAUUCGUCCUGGACCUGCUGAGCCAGGCAUCCCCACAUUCUCAGCUGUUGCAGAGUGCUUUGCUCGCAUCGUCUCCACGACUGCAGUCAAUGUGGGAAGAUGCAGAUGCUGCCAUUCAACGCUUUGUUGUUCAACCUGCGACGAAAGUGGCCGCAGCCUUGCCGUCGCGUGUGUUCGACCCUCCGCCGAAUUUCUUCUCCAAUACCACCGGAGUGGAAGGCCGGCCAGUCUUUGCACUCGAGGGUGCCCAGACGUUCUACGGACCUUGGCAGCACAUCCCGCUCAAAUUUGUCGACCCCACAAAGAACAACCUCACCGCUGCGCCAUGGCCCCACGCUGCCUAUCUUGACCUCCUUUGGUGGGAUGCACCGCAUGUGGGCGGUAGCCCUGUGUGGCUGUCGAGAAUGCUUCGCGGCAUCAUGGAUGGACUGCAGCCUGUCCUCGACUUGAUCGACAGGCCGGCCUACGAAGCGAGCUUUGCUGGCCAGCUGCCCAAAUACGUGCGCCUCGUGCCCAAGACCAUGCAGUACACAACGACCACGCAGAGUCAUGACUGGUGGAAAACCAAGCCGGCAGACACAGGUCGCCUCCCAUGGUCUCAGUGUCCUGACGAGAGCCUCGGCCUUCCGCUUGGCAGCCCAAUCUCCCGAGAGCACCUGCGUGAACUUUUAGGUCCAGAAGAAGACAAGGUCCAUCCCACACCCUGGCCAUCUUCUCCCCUUCGAAUGGUGUCCGAGGCUUUAGGCCCAGCCGACUUCGUCCGAACCGCCGUUGUGGCCUUGGGUGGCGCUCACCUCGCUGCCUCCAGAGGGGCGAACUUUCUGUGGGGAGCAUCGCCAUCGAAGAAGCCGUGGAUGAGCCCUAGAAUGACCUGGCAAUUUUCUUCCUUGUUUCUAUGA